AUGAGCUCUACGCAAGAGAUCGACCUCUGGUCGCCUUUUACUAGAGACGUUCUACUGGAGGUCCGAACCAGCAUGAUGAAGAAGAUGCCGGGAUUAGAGGUCGAGUCUGGAAUAGACAAGAGCCUCAGAGAAGGACCGAUUCAUGUAUCUUUACUGGGUCUUGACGCGGACGAGCAUGACCCGACCUUCCAUGGAGGUCCCGACAAGGCGAUUCACGGUUAUUGCUCAUCGCAUUAUCCUGGCUGGAAAGAAGAGUAUCCCGGGGCAGCAGAUCGCUUCACACCAGGUGCAUUUGGGGAGAAUUUUGUCACCAAGCACAUGAAUGAGCGGAACGUCUGCAUUGGAGAUGUCAUCGCUGUUGGUGAUGAGGUCGUGCUUCAACUGAAGAACUUUGCCCCAACAACGUUCAAGACCAGCAGGACCGGCUGGUAUUAUAGAGUCCUCAAGGAGGGCACUGUAAAGGCGGGCGAUGAGAUCAGGCUCGUUGAGCGGAAGUGGCCCAAGUGGACCAUUGAGAGGAUCCAGGAAUAUUUGCAUAGGAACCAGAAUGACUUGGCCAUGAACGAGGAGUUGGCAGCGAUUGAAGAUUUGGGCAAGGAAAGCCGCGGGGCCUUCCAGCGGCGAGUGGCGAAGGCCAAGACUCAGGAGAAGAGGGAAAGGGGUGAUAAAUGGCGCGAUUUCAAAAUCGUCGAGAAGACAACCCAAACUCCGCGAAUCGCGUCGUUUGUUCUCGAGGCCGUCAGCCUCAAGGAGAACGUGGAAGGUGUAGACCCUGGCGCCCACGCAAAGCUUAAGCUUCCCAACGGCCUCCUACGGUCUUACUCGAUCGUCUCUGGAGACCGCAACGAAUUCGAACUCGGUAUUGCCUUGGAGGACCAAAGUCGUGGAGGCUCCCGUUUCCUCCACGAGUCCGCGGCCGUCGGAGACGUCCUUCAGGUCGGGAGGAUUACCACCGACGUGCAGGUCGCAAGUGCUUCGAGCAACCAUGUCUUCAUAGUCGGCGGUAUCGGCAUUACCGCCUUCCUGGCUCUCGCCGAGGCAUACCUCGAGGUUCACUUCAACUUCGAGAUGCACUACGCAGUGCGUUCCGCUGACGACGUACCUUUCCGAUCACGUUUGGAAGCUCUCGGUCGCAGUGUGCGACUGUACGACAGGUCCAAAGGGGAGAGGAUGGAUAUUGGCGAUAUCAUGCGGACGCUCAAGUGGAACAGCCAUGUGUACGUUUGCGGCCCCACGCGGAUGAUAGAAGCUGUGAGGACAGCAGCAGAAGAGUGCGGUCUCGAUGAGAGCGACGUACACUAUGAAGCAUUCUCUGCAGACACGUCGGGCGACCCGUUCGAGGUGGAGAUCGUGAACCAGGAAGGCAAAGUCCUUAAGGUGGGAGCGGAGGAAACGUUGUUGGAGGUGCUCAAGCGAGAGGUCGGGGGAGAUGUUGAGAGUAGCUGCGAGGUUGGCAAUUGCGGGACGUGCAAGGUAGUACUGAAGACUGGCCGGGUUGAUCACAGGGGCACGGCGUUGACUCCUGAGGAGAGGGUUGGAUCAAUGCUAAGUUGCGUGAGCCGCGGUAUUGAGAGGAUCACAAUUGAGAUUUGA